CCUCCGGGAGCCCCGCCGCCGCCGCCCGCCGUCACCUACCCGGACUGGAUCGGCCAGAGUUACUCCGAGGUGAUGAGUCUCAACGAGCACUCCAUGCAGGCGCUGUCCUGGCGCAAGCUCUAUUUGAGCCGCGCCAAGCUCAAAGCCUCCAGCCGGACCUCGGCUCUGCUCUCCGGCUUCGCCAUGGUGAGCUCGGGCCACCUUGCCCUCCCCUUUCUGCUGUCCCGGCUGCUCCCUCCCGCAGCCCCGACGGGGCCCACUGGGGAGCGAGCUGGGCGAGCCGGGCGGGCCGGGGUGAGGGGAAGAGCUGUGAGAAGCCGUCGUGGCGAUGGUGGAGGUGCAGCUGGACGCUGACCACGACUACCCGCCAGGGCUGCUCAUCGCCUUCAGUGCCUGCACCACGGUGCUGGUGGCUGUGCACCUGUUUGCACUCAUGAUCAGUACCUGCAUCCUGCCCAACAUCGAGGCGGUGAGCAACGUGCACAACCUCAACUCGGUCAAGGAGUCCCCCCACGAGCGCAUGCACCGCCACAUCGAGCUGGCCUGGGCCUUCUCCACCGUCAUCGGCACGCUGCUUUUCCUGGCCGAGGUCGUGCUGCUCUGCUGGGUCAAGUUCUUGCCCCUCAAGAAGCAGCCAGGCCAGCCGAGGCCCACCAGCAAGCCCCCCGCCAGUGGUGCAGCCGCCAACGUCAGCACUAGCGGCAUCACCCCGGGCCAGGCAGCCGCCAUCGCCUCGACCACCAUCAUGGUGCCCUUCGGCCUGAUCUUUAUUGUCUUCGCCGUCCACUUCUACCGCUCACUGGUCAGCCAUAAGACGGACCGACAGUUCCAGGAGCUCAACGAGCUGGCGGAGUUUGCUCGCUUACAGGACCAGCUGGACCACAGAGGGGACCACCCCCUGACGCCCGGCAGCCACUAUGCCUAGGCCCAUGUGGUCUGGGCCCUUCCAAUUCUUUAGCCUUACGCCCUUCCCCAUGACCUUGUCCUGCCCCAGCCUCACGGACAGCCUGUGCAAGGGGCUGGGCUUCAGCAAGGGGCAGAGCAUGGAGGGAAGAGGCUUUUUGUAAGAGAAAUUUCUGCACUUUGAAACUGUCCUCUAAGAGAAUAAGCAUUUCCUGUUCUUCCAGCUCCAGGAAGAGCCGGAGGGGGCCAAAGUGGGGCCACACACUCGCUGUGUCCCGUCUCCUCCCCUGUGCCAGUGCCACCUGGGUGCCGCCUCCUGUCCGUCUCAACCUCCCUUCCGUCCAGCGUUGAGUGUGUACAUGUGUGUGUGACACAUAAAUAUACUCAUAAGGACACCUCC